UCGUAAAGUUUAUGGAACACGGCCAACUGAACGCGGAUAUCAUACAUCAGUUUUGUACGAUUCAAGGCUUUUUGUAUUUGGAGGAUACGAUGGACAAACAGUAUAUGAUGAUCUAUAUGUUUUAGAUUUAUCAGCAUGUGCUUAUUUACCUCAAAUAAUCAAUUUCGAACUACCUGAGAUAUAUAAUAAAUGA